AUGAUUAUAUGAUUCUCCUUUGUUUCCUCUGAGCAGAGGAUGCCAACAGACAACAGCCAUCAGCCAGACAGUGCCCAAGAGCAAGACCUUGUCGCUACUCCAAGCAGUAAUUGCCUGCAUAAUGCUGAGGAACUGGGAGUUGAACAAGAAAAUGUCAUUUGUAACAAUGACUUGGAUGACAGUAUUAGAGUUCCCAACUCGGCCAGGCAGGCUUCCACUUCUGAGGCUGUUCCUUUGGAGGUGUCCAGAAGAGGACAGCCCCUUUUACAGAUCAACAGGCAGCAGAUUCAAUCCAUCUCAUAUAGUGAACAGGCUGCUGAGCUCAAAGGUUUAGGGGUUGAUGUCUAUGACCAGCAUGUAUUGGAGCAAGGAGUUCUUCAGCAAGUAGACAAUGCAAUUAAUGAAGCUAAUAAAGCAACAAAAAUAGCUGAUGCAGAGAGAGAAUAUCAGUCACUGCUGGAUGACUUAAGAUCAUGUGAAACAUCUCUGAAACAAAUAAAUAAAAUUAUUGAGCAACUUUCACCUCAAGCUGCCAACAAAGAUGUGAACCGAAAACUACAUUCUGUAAAACGGCAACAAUAUAACAAGCAGCAACAGCUAAAGAAAAUCAAAGCGAAACAAAAACAUCUCCAAGCAAUUCUUGGUGGAACAGACAUGCUUGAUAAAGUGCAUGAAAUUGAGUAUGAGGAAGGUGAAGAACCUGGUCCAUCCUGUCUUGGCAGCAUGCUUAUGCCUGCUCAGGAGAAAGAGUGGGAAGAGCUUAUUCGUACUGGCCAGAUGACUCCUUUUGGAACUAAAAUACCUCAGAAGCCAGAGAGGAAGACACGACGAUUAAUGCUAAAUGAAGCAUCUGAUUUUGAGAAGUACUUAGCAGAACAAGCUAAGCUGUCAUCUGAGAGAAAGAAGUUACCUCUUCACAAAGGAGCAAAGAAGAAAGCACAAGCCAAAAAUAUUCAGUGUGUGGCUCCCGCAUCAACUAGAAAAGAAGAAAGGGAUAAAACCCUGUCAAAAACAGAUAAGCGCUUAAAAAAACACAUACGAAGACUUCAGAAGCAUGCCCUUCAGAUUCAGUCAAAGGCAAGGAUUCCAAAACAUAAGAAAUAUCUUGAGGCCAAGAAGUUCAGGCAUGAAGAAGAGGAUGACAGUGGAGAGUCUGAGUAUGUACCUGAUGGGGAGUGCUUUGAUCCGGAAGCAGCAGAAGAGGAGGAGGAGCAGGUGUCUUCUGCUGAGAAUGAAUCUGAUUAUGAACUCAGGCAUUUGUCAAGAAAAAGAAAACAUUUGGUGAAGAGGGAUAUUAAAGAAGCUGAAGAUGAUGCUGAAUUCAUUCCAAGCUCUGACAAAGAGGAACAUACGCUGGGGAAGCGCAAAGUAAAGAGAUGGAGAGAUGAUGGAGAUGAAGACUAUUAUAAACGGAGGCUAAGGAGGUGGCAAAAAGAACGAUUGAAGGACAAAGAACAUCAAACAGCUGAGGAACUUUCUGAAGACAGUGACACGGAAUUUGAAGAAGGCUUCAAAGUACCAGGGUUUCUCUACAAAAAGCUUUUUAAGUACCAGCAGACAGGUGUUAGGUGGCUCUGGGAAUUGCACUGCCAGCAGGCAGGAGGAAUUCUGGGAGAUGAGAUGGGAUUGGGCAAGACCAUCCAGAUAAUAGCCUUCUUGGCAGGUCUGAGCUACAGCAAGAUCAGGACUCGUGGUUCAAAUUACAGGUACCAGGGAUUGGGUCCCACAGUGAUUGUUUGUCCAGCUACUGUGAUGCAUCAGUGGGUAAAAGAGUUCCACACUUGGUGGCCUCCAUUUAGAGUCGCUGUUCUCCAUGAAACUGGUUCUUAUAGUCAGAAAAAGGUGAAACUAAUUCAUGAAAUUGCUUCAUGCCAUGGAAUUUUAAUUACCUCUUAUUCAUACAUUCGGCUGAUGCAGGAUAAUAUCCAGAGAUAUGACUGGCAUUAUGUGAUUCUGGAUGAGGGUCACAAAAUCAGAAAUCCAAAUGCUGCAGUCACACUUGCAUGCAAGCAGUUCCGCACACCCCAUCGAAUCAUCUUGUCUGGCUCCCCUAUGCAAAAUAACCUCAAGGAGCUCUGGUCCCUCUUUGACUUUGUGUUCCCAGGUAAACUUGGAACAUUACCUGUGUUCAUGGAGCAAUUUUCUGUUCCAAUAACCAUGGGAGGAUACUCCAAUGCCUCUCCUGUACAGGUAAAAACUGCAUACAAAUGUGCUUGUGUGUUACGGGACACCAUAAAUCCCUACUUGCUGCGAAGAAUGAAGGCUGAUGUGAAAAUGAGCCUUUCACUUCCAGAUAAAAAUGAACAGGUUCUCUUUUGCCGAUUGACAGAAGAGCAGCGACAAGUCUAUCAAGAUUUUAUCAAUUCUAAAGAAGUUUACCAGAUUCUCAAUGGAGACAUGCAGAUUUUCUCAGGACUAGUAUCUUUGAGAAAGAUUUGCAACCACCCUGACCUCUUCUCUGGUGGUCCCAAAAUUUUGAAGGGUGUACCAGAUACCGAAGUGGAGGAAGCAGAUCAGUUUGGAUAUUGGAAACGUUCUGGAAAAAUGAUAGUGGUAGAAUCCUUGCUGAAAAUAUGGCACAAGCAGGGUCACAGAGUAUUGUUUUUUACUCAGUCAAGACAGAUGCUGCAGAUACUUGAAGUCUUUGUGAGAGGCAGAAACUAUUCUUACCUCAGGAUGGAUGGCACCACAACAAUAGCUUCCAGGCAGCCCCUUAUAACAAGAUAUAAUGAGGACAGAUCCAUAUUUAUUUUUCUGCUAACAACUCGUGUUGGGGGCAUUGGAGUUAACUUGACUGGUGCUGACCGGGUUAUUAUUUAUGAUCCUGACUGGAAUCCCAGUACAGACACACAGGCUCGGGAACGUGCUUGGAGAAUAGGCCAAAAGAAACAGGUGACUGUGUAUAGGCUUCUCACUGCUGGCACUAUUGAAGAGAAGAUAUACCACAGACAAAUCUUCAAACAGUUUUUAACAAACAGAGUGCUGAAAGACCCAAAGCAGAGGCGCUUUUUCAAAUCCAAUGACCUGUAUGAACUUUUUACUCUGAGCAGCCCAGAUGUGUCUCAGGGGACAGAAACAAGUGCAAUUUUUGCAGGUACAGGUUCAGAUGUUCAAGUCACAAAACACCAGUUGAAACAGAAACUUGAAAAGACAUCUGAAAACAGCACUUCUAAAGGUGACCUCCAUCUUACAGAAAGCAGCUCACCUACGUACAGCAAGUCAUUCCAUUCCUACUCAACCACCCUCAUGAUAAAUUCUCCAUCUAAAGCAAUAGAGACAAGUGAGGGAACCAAAGGAAAUUUGGAAAAUGCGCAAGCUGCUACUAAUACAAACUCACUGAAUAAAAGCAUGGAGGAAAGCUUAGAAAAAGCUGACAAAUCUGUGUCCCAGACACUGCCAGGUUAUGCAGGGUCUUCAGAGAAUGCCAAAUAUCUGAAUGCUAUAGUGGCUAGUGAAGUACAUGGAGCAGCUAAUGCAAAUGCUAAGGGAGAUUUUAGUUUUACGUGUGGUACAGAUGGCUCCUGGGAAAAGCUGGCUGAUAAAACUGAAAAUGGGCAAUUAGAUAACAAUCAUUAUAAAUGUACCUCAAAAACAAAGCACAGGGUGAAUGUGUUGUCACAUGAGAGCCACCAAGAUAAGUCUAAGAAGAAACAUCACAAAGGUGCCAGAUUUGAAGGAGAGCACAUUCCUUAUCUAGUGAAAAAAAAGCGACACAGAAAGGAGAACAGUGAAGAGAAGGAGGAAAACUCAAAGAAAAAUGAUGAUUAUGUCCUGGAGAAACUUUUCAAAAAAUCAGGGGUACACAGUGUUAUGAAGCAUGAUGCCAUUAUGGAAGCUUCCAGUGCAGACUAUGUGCUGGUGGAAGCAGAAGCAAACAGAGUGGCCCAGGAUGCCUUAAGAGCCCUAAAAGUCUCUCGACAGCGAUGUUUAGGAGCUGCUUCUGGUGUGCCAACCUGGACAGGCAUGAGUGGUCUUUCAGGUGCACCAUCAACAAUAAAGAGUCGGUUUGGUCAAAAAAGGAACCCCAUGUUGCUUUCUUCACGUUCCACUUGUGCAUCACCUGCAAAUAAGUGCAAGGAUUCAAAUACCAUAAAGAAAGAAAACACAAAGAAGUCUGGUUUCACUGAGCAUUUUGAUGGAAAAUCUGGAGAAUCCUCAUCUGGUGCACUAGAUUCUUCAACUUUAUUAGCUAAGAUGCGGGCAAGAAACCACCUUGUUUUACCACAGCGGACAGUGAAUGAGGGAGCUGGUCAGCAGCAGCAAGCACCCCCCCCAUGCCCAGGUACAACAGAAUACGAUGAACUGCUCGUGGAUUUGCGCAAUUUCGUAGCGUUCCAGGCCCGCGUGGACGGCGAGGCCAGCACCCAGGAGCUACUGCAGGAGUUUGAGUCCAAGCUGCCUGCAGCACAGUCCUGCAUCUUCAGAGAACUUCUCCGCAAUGUCUGCACCUUCCAUAGGAGUCCAAGUGGUGAAGGUAUCUGGAGGCUAAAGCCAGAAUUCCGCUGACCUUUGUCAAGGCAAGGCACCUGUCUGUCCUUGACCAUCACUCUGCUUUCAGAGACUUACAGCUUCUCUUUUAAAAUGAGGAAUUUUUUUCAUAUUCGCAAUUUAAAAAUUGACUUGAGCAGCCAGUGGUUCAGUGUAUGUUGCUGGCUCAGAGCUAACUUAAUUUCUGAUUUACACUUCAUAUGAAAGUGCCACCUACCUCACAGAUGAAACACUACAAAAUAUCAGCACCUUUUCUUUAAAAAAAUCUUUGUAUAAUUGGAAUGAAGAGUACAUACUGACUUUUUGUUGUAAUAGGAACCAUGGAGAUUGUUGCGGGUUGUAAGACUGAUUUCUGUGAAAUUCUAAGAACUUGAUCCUCAAUUUUCUGUAAAUUACUUGAAUGGUCGUGGGGCACACAGUGUAUAUACCAUUAAAAAAAAAAAAAAAAAAAAAAAAAAAAAAGUUGAUGGGGGUAAGAAAUUCACUUGGACUGAUAGGUCAAAAUCACUGUAUGAUAUUUUUAACAGUAGUGAGAAUUUUGUUUCAAUAUUGAUGCUUUCAUUUUUGCAAGCAUCUGGUAUAUGCUAUGCAGUGUAACUUACAUCACUAAUUAACUUCUAGUUGCAAGUCACACCUUUUCUGUAGAUAGGGAAAAUCUGUCUUCCUGACAGUCAUACAAGUUCUAAUACCAUUUCCUUCCAAGGAAGGAAAGAUUGCAUUAUUUGUAGUAAACUCAAGUACUACAUUAGGUCUGUCUUCAAGUGUGUGUGCUGCACAAGGAAAUAUCAAGGAGAAAAUAAUAGAUUUUGAGACAGAAAACACAAUCUUGCACAUUUUUAUAGCAACAUUAAACUCUGUGGCUUAAAUGAGGAACAGUUAAAUAAGCCUCAUCUGCCUCCUAUCCCUAAGCUCUGGAGGAAAUGGAAAGUUACAACUGUGAUACUGUGACAGUGUCCUGUUUACUUCAAAUGAAAGUACAAAUACUGAAGGAUGAAUGGUUAAACAAGAAUACAAACUUUCUUCUCCUUCUUCUCCUCUAAGAUACUUUAAGAUGGCUUUUCCUCUUGGUUUUGUUCAGUGCUAAAGGAUCUGUAGAUAUUUGCAAAAAGUAGUACCUCACUCUUUCGAUAUCUGGUCAGUUGGCUUUUCACAGACUGGAUUGAUAUGACUUUAAUUGGACCAGUAAUGAGUGAAAACAAACUGAAUACACUUUUUAUCUCCAAAACUAUGGACAAUUUUAAUCAGUUUUGCGUGUCAUGUCCCCAUGUGCCCAUAUGCCCUGGGAAGAAACCAAGAAUUUGGUUGUCAGCAAAGCUUCUGUUGUCGUUUUAGCAGUCAGUUCUGGUGUCCUGCUUUCUUUACUACUUCCAAUCUUAAAUACAUAGUUCCUGUACUAGAGAAAUUUGCAGCUUCUCACUGACCUGUUAAUGUAAAUACACUUGCAUGUCCUUUUUAUAAAUUCUUAGCUUUUAUAGACUUAUUAAAAAAGCAAAACCAGAAGUCUGUUUUAGAAGUAGUCUUUUGGUGCAGGGGGAAGAACGGGGUGGGAGAGCCAUCUUUUCCUCUAUUGUGUGGCUCUGUCUAAAUGAUUCAUACUACCUUUAUGUAUAUUUCCAUUUUUCAUACAACUUCAACUUAUGCACUCUAGCAACUAGAUUUUUUCCAGUGCUAGCUUUUGUUUAAAAUGCUUAAAUGACUAAAUAUAUAAUAACAAAAAAAU